AAAAGGAAAAAAAAUAAUCCCAAUCCGAGCCCCCCUCCCUCCCGCCGCCGCCGCCGCCAUGUCCCGCUUCGUGCGGCGCUUCGCCGGCAUCCCGUGGCGCCAGAUCGCCGGGGAGGCCUUCUCCGUCGGCCUGCUAACGGCGCAGGGCCUCUGCGCCGUCCACGUCGUCAGCGAGCACGUCCUCGGCGUCGCCUUCCCGCGGGGCCCCAGCAUGCUGCCGGCGCUCAACAUGGCGGGGGACGUGCUGCUGACCGACAAGGUGAGCCCGCGGCGCGGGUGGGUGGGGCCGGGGGACGUCGUGCUCCUCCUCUCGCCGGAGGACCCGCGCAAGAUCGUCGCCAAGCGCGUGCUCGGGAUGGAGGGCGACGAGGUCACCUACCCCGUCGACGCCGGCAACAGCGAUGCCACCAAGACCGUCGUGGUACCACAAGGUCAUAUUUGGGUGCAGGGUGACAAUAUCUAUUCAUCUAAUGACUCGAGGCAGUUCGGACCGGUGCCUUACGGUCUCGUAAAAGGGAAGAUGUCCUAUCGGAUUUGGCCACCGUCAAGGAUUGGUGCAAUUGAUUCAAAAGAGUAGGACACAGUCAGAGUAUAAGCGACAGUUCAUAUGAUGCAACCAGGCCCUGCAUUUGUUGGUGCACAUUUGAUAAUUCACAAUUUUGGUCCUUGCCCCCCAGAAGCCCCGUUCAGCGAAUCUAUGGCAUGAUUCAAUUGCUGUGUCUCAUGUCGUAACUUAUGUUCUGUGAUGCUUGUAAAGUGAACUAACCUGAUGAAACUACAAGUUCCGGGCAUGGCUGAUGAGCUAUCGUCUUGAUGUUGAGAUUGUAUUAAACUUGUCAUUCUCCUGGACCAAAGCGUGAUCAGUUGUGCAUUGUAACAUUUGCUUAUUGUUAAGGCCGUUUUAAGUGAAAGGAAUUGUGUUA